UUAUAUCUAGCUCCCUUAUCGGCGGUCUGAACGGCGUUUCAUAAAGACAACUAGAGCGAAGUCGGCCUACAUGGAUAUGAAAGGCAUACCGUUUAUGCACAACCCACACAAUAUAUGAGAAUGUCCUUGCUUAAAAUUCUGGCGAUUACAAUUUUUGCAGUGAAAGUCUGCGAGUCAAUCAAUGUGUUUAACGUACCCAACAAGUGCAACACAAAUGCACCGUUCUAUCGACAGUGCCACAGUAAUUACACCAUGGAGUCGCUCACACAGAAAUUCAUAUGCCACGGUGAUGUCGCAUAUAGUUGGUGUGAAAUAUUUGACCUUAUCUGCGCACACGCACUUCCGACAAACGUUUCCAUGGUGGUGACAAAUCCCGCUUGCACCGGAGUUAUCCAUUUAGUGAAUGCCACAACACACCGACCUCCAACAGUUCCAGUACUCACAGAAUUCGAAAAACAUUUCUACGAGGUCGCACAGCACGGCAUCGACGACCUAUUGUAUGCAGCAAAUAACACCGGUGCCACGGUGGACGAAAUGAAGUAUAUAUUUACAAAACAGGAUCACGUCAACAAGAGUUAUGUUCGGAACACGAAAUGCUGGGCCUAUCCGCUUGACUUGACUGCCAUAUCGCCGUGGAAUAGUAACGGCGGCAUCAUGAAAGCUGGAGUGCUGAUUAGCCCUAGACACGCAAUUUGGGUGCGACACUUUGACAUGCCCGUCAAUACAACGCUAAGAUUCGUUGAUCGACAUAACAACGUUGUGGAUCGUUCAAUUAUUCGCACACAAGCUAUUCCUGCCAAUGGUUCUUUCCUAUACGGAUAUGACGUAGUUGUGGGUGAACUCGAUAGCAAUGUCCCGAGUACUAUAUCGUUUGCAAAGGUCAUGCCAAGAAACCUUACCGAUAUCCGUCCUAUAUCUCCCACAUAUUUGCCAGCAAUGGACACCGAUUUCGAAGAAAAGGCGUUAGUGGCCGAUAUGAGUUAUGAGGGUAAUAACAUGGUACAGCUGACAACCCCAAGCCCGUCCUCUAUUCGGAACCUGUUUUACGAACCCAAAAUCGGUGGCGACAGCGGAAAUCCUGUUUUCCUCGUGAUUAACCAUCAGCUUGUGCUGAUGUUCAUGUUUACCUUCGGAGACUCAGGAUCGGGUACGUCGAUCACUGCCCACUUUGAUGACAUUAACAACAUCCUGUCGCACUGGGGUUCCGCGUAUCGUCUGGCAGAGGUGGAUCUUAGUGGCUUUGCAGGAGCCGAACAUGUCAACAUACCAAGUAUCAUCGGUUAGACGGCCAUAUGGGGUGGUUAUUGUAUGUAUGUAAUCAGACGUAAUCAAACGAAUAAAAUGAUUUAUCAUUGAUAAAUAAUGUAUUUUAUACGAUAUUAAAAAUAAGUGUCGAACAUGAUUGAUAACAAACUACUUUUCCGCGGACGACGCACAACGGUCGUACGCCUUAAUGUAACGUACGACAUAGUUGUAAGUGUUAUUUUGUCAUUUACACUGAGAGCGUCUUAUCAAAUAUCACAGUGAAUAAAAAUCACAAGGAUUUGUCGAAGAGUUUACGUCUGAAUGCGAGUAUACACAAAUCUUACGAAAAUUAUAAAUAUGGCAGACUAUGUCGCACGGUUCGAAGUAAAUGUCGUUAUAAGAAUCCAACGUUGGGUUUAGUUAAUCCAACGCUGAACAACUCUUUAUUGUUACGAUUGUGUAUCAAUCAUGAAAGUUAAGCACACAUUUGUUACAAUGAGAACAUAUUAAAAGGGAUCAAGCACAUAUAAUUAGCUUGUAUUGUAAAAAUUAAAAAGUCCAUCUUUA